UGGUACGUUCAUGACGUCACACCUGCGCUGUUCGCUUGCCCCGACAGAGACGUGGCAACGAACAAUUUCUAUCAAAUCUUCAAGCGGUUGCCUUAUUAAUUGUGGUAUUUGUUGUGUGAAGUGCGUACGGUCAGCCCGGAUUACCGACCAGCUAUGGGACUCACGUUAUCAUCUUUGUUCUCACGUCUUUUCGGGAAGAAGCAAGUUCGUAUACUGAUGGUUGGCCUCGACGCGGCUGGAAAGACGACUAUCUUGUACAAGCUCAAGCUCGGUGAAAUAGUGACUACCAUUCCUACCAUCGGCUUCAAUGUUGAGACUGUUGAGUACAAGAACAUCUGCUUCACCGUGUGGGAUGUCGGAGGACAGGACAAGAUCCGGCCGCUGUGGAGACACUACUUCCAAAACACGCAGGGCCUCAUUUUUGUUGUUGACAGCAAUGACAGGGAACGAAUCAGUGAGGCACAAGAUGAACUGCAGAAGAUGCUCAGUGAAGAUGAAUUGCGAGAAGCUAUCCUACUGCUCUUUGCCAACAAGCAAGACCUGCCUAAUGCCAUGCCUGCAGCAGAACUCACUGAAAAACUGGGCCUGAACCAGCUGAGAAACCGAAGGUGGUAUAUCCAGUCUACUUGUGCAACACAGGGACAGGGUCUGUACGAAGGUCUCGACUGGCUCUCCAAUGAGCUCUCGAAAGCAAAGUAACUCCUGCUUCCCUUUCGGCAAGCAAGCAAGUGAGGGGCAGCGACCAUUUUCCUGAAGAGGAGGAGGAGGAGAAACUAUUUGCAAGGGGGGGACAGCUGCCAUCGUGAAGUACAGAAGAAAGCUUCCACCGCACUCUCUCCUCGUGCUUUUGCAAGAACCACCUGGAGAUGGCAAAUGCUUUGGAAGCUGUCAAGAGGCUGGUGUUCAGCCAGCUUUGUCAACCAGUGCUGCUUGUAAACACAUCUUAUUAUUUAAAUUUCAAACAAGCAGCACUGAUGAAAACUGUACUUGAAGACAUGCUGUUUUCAAAGCAUGGCACUUUUUUUCCCUCUAUUUUCAUUGUGUGUGGGCAGUAAUAAAUUAUCACUCCUCUCUUU